ACUUUUUGUUGAGAAGAAAUUUCAUCUGUUUUCGAUCCAAAGAGUUGGAGAGCUUUGAUCCCGAAAUCUCCCUUCUUGCUUCCCCAAUUCGAUUUCCUUUACAAGCUAAGCGCUUGAUCUCGCUAUCUCUCAGAGACAGCUGAGAGCUGAGGAUACUGGAAGGAAUCUUAAAUGGCUGAACUUCCAGGUCAAAUAAGACGUAUGAGCGGUGGAAUUAGUCAAUUGAUAGAGCAGAUAUACGGGUUUUCAAGAAGAUGUUUGUUUCGGGUCAUAUCUGUGGGUCCUAUACCUAGUCAUCUCGCCUUUAUCAUGGAUGGAAAUAGGAGAUAUGCAAAAAAGCACGGUCUAGAAGAUGGGUCUGGUCACAAAGUGGGGUUUUCUGCGCUUAUGUCGAUGCUGCAGUACUGCUACGAGCUAGGUAUCAAGUAUGUAACGAUAUACGCAUUUAGCAUAGAUAAUUUUAGAAGACAACCUGAGGAGGUUCAGUCUCUAAUGGAUUUGAUGUUGGAAAAGAUAAAGUCUUUGCUUGAGAAAGAGAGUAUCGUGCAUCAGUAUGGGAUUCGGGUCUAUUUUAUUGGUAACUUGGCGCUUCUAAAUGACCAAGUGAGAGCUGCUGCCGAAAAAGUCAUGAAAACCACAGCUAAGAAUAGUCGGGUAGUGCUUCUCAUUUGCAUUGCCUAUAACUCGACAAAUGAGAUCGUACAAGCUGUCAAGAAAUCUUGUAUUAACACGUCAGACAAUAUGGAAGCAUAUGGAAACGAUAAACAUGAGGAUAGAGAUAGUGAUAUAGAAGGAACAGAUAUGGAGAACCAAGAGAAGAGGAUACAGUUGGUGGAUAUUGAGGAGAAUAUGCAGAUGAGUGUGGCGCCGAAUCCUGAUAUACUCAUCAGGAGUUCAGGAGAGAUGAGGCUAAGCAAUUUCCUUUUAUGGCAAACCGGUAAUACCCAGCUCUGCUCCCCGGCUGCUCUGUGGCCUGAGAUUGGUCUGAGGCAUCUACUCUGGGCUUUACAGAGAAGUAAUUGCACGCUUGCUGAGGGAGUCAUGGAGAAGUGUUCUAGCAUUCGUUCAGUUAUUGAUGAAGAUAUAAAUUCAGUUGAUACAUCGAAGUGGAAGAAGGUACGAGCAAGUGAUGCUGGAAUUAGAAAUUCAAUGAUCCCUGAAUCCUCUAUGAAUGUCUUGAGACUCCUUAGACGGCAAGGUUUUGAUGCAUACCUUGUUGGUGGAUGUGUAAGGGAUUUGAUACUGCAUAGAGUGCCGAAAGACUAUGAUGUGAUCACUACAGCUAAUCUUAAGCAGAUCCGGCGGCUGUUUCAUCGUGCUCAGGUUAUUGGGAAACGGUUUCCUAUUUGUCAUGUGUGGAUGGGAGGUUCGAUAAUUGAGGUGUCCAGUUUUGAUACCGUGGCACACAGUGACAGUGAGCAUGAAAAUGAUUUGGAGAAGUCUAAAGAGAAAUCUGGUGUUUCACUGGAUACCGAGGCAAACAAAAAUAACAGCCUCUUCACAAUGUAUUCUGGUUGGGAUGUAAAAGACUGUAAUCGUUGGAGGAAUAGCUUGCAGCGGGAUUUCACAAUUAACAGUUUGUUCUAUAAUCCCUUUGAGUUAAAAAUUUAUGACUACGCCAAUGGAAUGGAAGACUUGACGGAUCUUAAGCUUCGUACACUUGUCCCUGCUCAUUUGUCAUUCAAGGAAGAUUGUGCUAGAAUUCUUAGGGGGUUAAGAAUUGCAGCACGAUUGGGUCUAUCAUUGUCAAAGGAUAUUGAGACUGCAAUACCUGAAUUUGUACCUUCCGUUGCAAAUUUGGACCAGUUUAGAUUAAUCAUGGAAAUGAAUUAUAUGCUUGCGUAUGGAGCUGCUGCGCCUUCCAUCCUUCUUCUCAUGAAGUUCAAACUACUUCACGUGUUACUUCCUUUUCAGGCAGCUUACCUGGAUCAAGCUAGUGAAACAUCUCUAUCAAGUUCCUUGAUGCUAGUGAGGUUAUUUUCCAAUAUGGAUAAAUUGGUUUCCUGCGAUCAACCUGCUGACCCCAAACUAUGGAUUGCAGUGUUGGCCUUUCACAUUGCACUAGUGCGUAACCCCCAGGAGGCUAUUGUGGUGCGUGCUUUCGCCGCUUUGCUCUUCCAUGGAAACUGGAACAAAGCUGUUGAAUUUGCUAGAGAACAUGAAACUUCAGUAGUCGAAUACGCUCCUGAGGUAUCUAAAUCUUCGAGAAAGAGAUCUGAUGAAGAUCUUGCAGAAGCAGUUUCAGAAUUCACAUGUCUUUUAAAAGAUUCCCAAUACGUUCUGACUGAUAUAGAGGCUCUCCGCGAAGCCCUAUACCUAUACCCAGAUUUCAAAUUCUCUGGUCUGGUGUUUAUACCGAAGAAAAAGGCGAGAGAUGUAGCAGAAGGGUUUGCGAGAUUGAGUGAUGUUGAAUCAUACGAAAGCAAAAAGGAGGGAAUCUCUAUUGACUAUCUCUCACUUGGGAAGGGAAAUCCAUGCGAAGUAAGAUUUGUUCUUGGCAAAAUCAUUCUGGACACCAUUACAGAAGGUAUCGUCAUUGAACCUCUAAAGUCUGUCAAGAAGAAGCAGAGCACCAGUAAUCAAAUUGUUCCAGCAGCUUGCUUGGAGAAUAAGGAUGAGUUGUUCGUUUCUAAAUCCUCAAAGGAGGAUAACAAGAAUCAAACUCCAGUCCAUGACUCAAAUGCAUCAUCUGUUCUAAAGAUUUUGAAGAGGACGAGAGAAGACAGUGAGCAGAAGAAUGACCAAGAGACCGAGGUAUGUCCAAGCACCAUCUCUGGUCCAGCAAAGAAUCAAGAUCAGUCGGUAGUUCAAAAGCUGAAAAGACGGCGUAGCAAAGAAGCACCAGUCUCUGAGCCGCCUAAGCAAAAGACUUCAAAGAGGUCGAGAUUAGAUGACCAAGAGGCGGUUGGAAGUCUUUCUGUUCCAGCAAAAAAUCAGCAUCAGAGUAACAAGCAUGACACAAAUGCACCGAUCUGUGAGCCGCCUAAGCAAAAGACUUCAAAGAACCGUUCGAAGGAGGCACAAAAAGUGAAACACAACUACUUACCCGUGAAGGAGAUUCAAGAAGCAAAACAAGGCUUCGUUACUGACAAAUCUAUGAGUGAUCUUCUAAAAGUUCUUGAGAAAUCAAGUCAGCAAGUGUCUAGCAAAGAGGAGAGCGACUCUUUAUUAUCAGAGAAGACGAAGAGACCGAGAAAUCUCUCAAGUCUCUUCAGGUGAAAUGGUUACCCUAUCGGUGUUUAGGAAUUCCUAAGUCAAGGUGGAGACCUUCUUGACGAAACAGAAGGUCUCCCUUCAGUCGCGGUCUCACUUCACAAUUUUUAGGUACGACAUGUAGUAGUAAUAACUUGAACCAAUUUGU